AUGGCCAUGGAUCUCUUCCGGCGUGCGUAUAAGCGCGUGCCAACAGUUGCACCGCAACUGCCUACCAAUGACGAGAAAGGCAAGCCCAAAACCAAGGGCCUAGCAUCUCGACUCGCCUUCUUCAAGAGGCCGCUCAGAUUAAAGGGCAAUUCGAGCAUAUCUGUUCCCUUGGGAGUGGUUGUGCUCUUUCCAUGCAUUGUCCUCAUCCUUAUCCUGGUGUUGUUUGUUCGACACCCAAGCUCACCAGCCAGGAUUUUGAUGCCUGCUGGUGCUCCUCCAGCCAUUAGAAAAAUCAGCGAAAAGCAUGACAAGGUAUUUGUCACUGGCUGUCUCGAACCCGAUACGAGCCAACCUCGUGCCAACGCUGCCUUCGUCGUCCUCGCCCGAAACAAGGAAUUGGACGGUGUCAUCCAGUCGGUCAAGUCUAUUGAGCGACACUUCAACCGCUGGUACCACUACCCAUAUGUCUUCCUCAACGACGGCGAGUUCAACCAGACCUUCAAGGAUGUCAUCAAGAACUACACUUCGGGUGAGGUUGAAUUUGGCCGUGUUGGUCCUGAGAUGUGGGGAUACCCUGAGUGGAUAGACCCCAAGAUCGCCAAGGAGGGUAUCGCCAAGCAGGGAGAUGCUGCUGUCAUGUACGGUGGUCUCGAGUCCUACCACGCCAUGUGCCGCUUCUACUCUGGAUUCUUCUACAAGCACCCUCUCCUCGCCAAAUACGAGUGGUACUGGCGCUUGGAGCCAGAGAUCAAGUACUUCUGCGACAUCACUUAUGAUCCCUUCCUCAAGAUGAUUGAGCACAACAAGACAUAUGGCUUCACCAUUGCCGUCAAGGAGCUCAAGGAAACCGUUCCAAACAUCUUCCGCUACGCCUCUGCUUACAAGCGUCUCAACAACAUCACCUCCCAGGGACUUUGGGAGAUGUUUGUGGAGCCGCUGGAGAAGCCCAAGGUUUCCAAGCCCGAAGAUGACCCCAACUACAAGCCGCCGUUGCCCGAAGAGAUCUUGCGCAGCGACCCCGGCGCCAACACUCUACCUGACAUUGAUCCCGAGACCAUGGAAGGAGAGAAGUACAACAUGUGUCACUUCUGGUCGAAUUUCGAAAUUGCGAAACUCAGUUGGUUCCGCAGCAAGGAAUACGAGGACUUCUUCCAGAUGAUGGAUCGAAGUGGCGGUUUCUGGAUGGAGCGAUGGGGUGAUGCUCCAAUUCACUCUCUGGCUGCUGGUGCUCUGCUCGGAGUCAAGGAUAUUCACUACUUCCGAGACUUUGGUUACCGGCACACCACCAUCCAGCACUGCCCUGCCAAUGCCCCAUCCCGCCAGCUUCCCCGCGAGCCUUUCCUCGAAAAGACCACGCUUGAUCCCAAGAAGCGCCAAGAGGAGGACGAAUACUUUGAGCAGUGGGAUCCCGAGAAGGAGAACGGUGUUGGCUGCCGCUGCCGCUGUGACACCGACAUUGUUGAUGUUGAGGGCAAGGAGGGAUCCUGCUUGGCCGAGUGGGUCGAUGUUGCUGGCGGAUGGGCGAGCCCAUAA